UCACACGCGCACAUUUAAAGUACUGUCGGCGUGCGCAGCUGAACUCCCCAGUCCACACCGAAGUUUCGUUGCUGAGAGCACCGCCGACAGCUUGCUAUAAGAAAAUGUCCGUCAACGAGGUGUACGUGUUCCGACCGUUCAAACUCAUCGCUCUGCUUUGCGUGUUCCUUGCACUUUGUCUGGACGUUGUGGCCCUCGUAAGUCCCGCCUGGGUGACAGCGGAGGGCUACGCUUUGUCCCUAUGGGAGUCUUGUAGAGAGAUCGAAGCCGACUGGAAGUGCAUCUCCACCCUUAAAUCUGAUUGGCAGAUAGCCACACUGGUGUUGCUGCUAGCUGGAGCGUCAGUGACUUUGCUGGCAUUUCUUGUCGCUCUGAUCUCCCUGUGCAGGGGCACACACAGGAAACACUAUCGCACAGUGGCAGUGUUCCUCUUCACAGCAGUGGUUCUCCAGGCCUGUGCUCUGGUGCUCUACCCAAUCAAAUUCAUUGAUGGCAAGAUGCUUCAGACAUACCAUGAGUUUAACUGGGGGUAUGGGCUGGGCUGGGGAGCUACCAUCUUUAUGUUGGGAGGGGGGAUACUCCUGUGCCUCCGAACAGACAUGUAUGAGGAUGGCAUGUAUUGAGGCAUCACCUACACGCAUAAACACACCUACAUGCCCAAACAGAUGCAUGCACAUGCACACACACUGACAGGUUAGGACUGGCCACUGUAUAUCUCACAUUUACUUGCACAGGUUUAAAUAGAAGAGUUCUGAUGAAGUUUCAGUGCUGUAUACCACAUGUUUAUGCAAGAGUAGGACACAGUUUGGGGCAUUUGUUUCCAAGACAUAGAGCCUAGAUAUAGUCCAUAUAUCUAUACUACACUACACACACACAGACAUAUCAGACAUCAUGAAAAGUACGCAGGUUUGCACAACUGUACACUCAUUUUUCACACUUACGAAUAGUUGUCCUUAUAAAAGGUCAAAUGCAUAUGUCUGAAGACAUAUCCACACACAUACACACAUGCAGGCAUGCAGAUACAUGCACGCUCACACACACACACACACACAAGCACAUACAUAUUCACACACACUUAAGCAUGCAAUUCUGGCAACUCUGUUAAAUACAGAGUGAAAGUUUAGGUUUAGGCCUACCAGCUAGUAUAGGAGAGAUAAAGUAUGAGGAACAGCUGUGUGAAAUGUGAAAUGGACCACAACUCCCACAAUUCUCCAUGUGGGCCCUGUGGCUAUUUUGGGAGACUGAGGUGUGCCACUCCUUCUCUCUCUGUGACCGCAGACCUUUUCAGCGGCAUAUUCCCUGGAUUUCCAGUCGAGAGAAGACAAGGAAUGAGAACCUUAAAGUUAACCAGUAUCCCAAGGGAUUGGUUUCUUUUUAAAGACACAUAUACUAUUUUGUAUAUUUCUUGUGUUGCAUUAUGAUGGAGAGCAUAUCAUCUUGCUAAUAUCUUUAUAUAUUGUCCAAGCAUUAUGUAUAAUUGAAUUUGAGGUAUAUAUUUUAUGUUACAUUCUUUGAUAAUUUGCAGUUUUUGAAACUGUGGCUGGAUUUAGUGAGGAGGUGACACUUUCUGUACUAUUGCUUUACAGCAUAUGUGACUCUGACUCUUUCUUCAUUUAAAGUCAAUAAAUGGUACUGUCAAAUGAA